AUGCACAGUUUUUUGUGCAAAGCAAUCGGGCUGAAUCUCGAGUCCCACUUUUGCGAGACUCCUGGCUUACAAACCUCUUCGCGGCUAUUGGCCGAUGGCCGUUGUACACAAGCCAUCGGAAUGUGUUCUCGAGGGACUUGCGUCGUCUUCAAGUUAGGCGCGACAGAGUUCGCCAGAGCCAAAGUUCAGCGGUUUCCAACACUUCCGACGCGACAAAAACGACUGGAAAUCGCUGCGACUCCCAAGAUUGACAAGACCCUCGAAGAGCUCGGCUGUGGAAAAAGUGGCCCCGUGGCUUGCUUCGUUGAGGGCACCUCACACUUGCCCAAUCACUCCCUCUGUCAAGAGAGUGAAAAUAUCAGGGCAAAUUCUCAUCGCAGAGACAAAAGACAGGACCCAGCUCUUGUCUCCUACUCUUUGAUUCAAAGGUUACGCCUACACCUUCCAUAUUGCCCCCCGAACUGUGAAGGAAUGGAUUCGCUACUAAUAUUCCAGAUUUGGUUCGUAUGGAUUGUCCCAGCAUUUUUGAGGGCAGCUCCACUCAAUCCGAAGUCGCUCGUUGGUCUCCCAGACUCGACUUUCCUUGAAGCAUCACAAAGCUAUUCUGAUGUGCGAGCCGUAAAUAUCGAACUUUCUGGAUCCAACUCAAUAGCAACAUCAAAAUUAGCCCCCAAUGACUUGAGAAAACCAAUCCUUCUUGGCAAAGAAAACCCGGUCCCUGCCUCAGGAUCAGAAGGCUAUCGACUGUUGAAAGAGAGCUCUACUUUGGAGACCGAAGAAAACCCAUCCAGAAAAUUGAAACCACCUCCAUCGCAGAAUCAGAAAGCCAUAUCGGAUGAAGUCAUGAGAUCAUCAAAACCCGAGCCUCCGGAUAAGCUGGAGCACUCGGGCCCAUCUGAACCUUUCAAAGGCAAUCUUAAAAAUAAACACUGUGAGCAUUCAUUUCGAAAUCGAAACUCCAAAUAA